CGUUCGUUCAUCUGGUCUGUGUGUGUGUGCGUGUCAUUGCAUCGCCGUCUGGCGCUUCUUUGGUGGCUGCAGUAGCAUUAUUUGGCAGCAAUAGUGGCUGUGACGCAGAGAACAACAAGCCAACGCUUUCAGUGUCGAGCAGGUUGAAAUUCAUUAUCAGUCAACAAAAGUAGUUGCCCGCAGACGCGACGCAUCAGUUGCUCCAAAGUCGUUCGCGUGAGUUAGCGGCAUUUUUAAAAAGAGCGGUAAACGGUCACGGUGGCUUCCUAUAACCAGCAGUGAGUUGAAGCGCGACGGGUUGGGCGUUUUACGAUUAUUUUUGGUGACAAAUUUACCGCAUUUAAAAAGCGCUCGAAAAAAGUUUGAUCUCAAAUGUAGGAAAAAAAAAUAAAAAAUUAUACUCGAUACUUGGUUCAUGGCCAAUCGAAAGUUGAACAAUAAUAAGUUGAUGUGGAUUUAGCCGAAAUUGAAUAAUAUUCAAUUGGGAAUAAACGCUUACAAAGCAAAGCAUUAAACAACCGGGGUCGAAGUGAGUGCGUGAACGUGCGUGCGAAUGUUUUUUUACUUCAUCAGAAACACACAAAAAAAUAGGAAAACGCUGUUAUCAGCAGCUCCUUAGCACUACAUAUGAAUGUAUGUGUGUUUAUGUGUUACUGAGUGUAUGUAUGGGAGUGCUACAUGGCGUAUGAGUGCGACCAUAACCCGAAGUCUCCUGUAAAGCAACGAUAAAAAAUUAAAAAAAAAAUUGUUUUGCUUGCAGAGGUGUAAUAUAAACACAAAAUACUGUGAAUUCCUUAUCAAUUUAUCAAUCAAUUGAAGCUUGCCGUGAUAGAAACGAAAGCCAGCUGCGAGUGUGUGGAAAAAAACUCGUUGCUAAAAGUCAUAGACAAUUCCAGCGUUCGACAAUUGAUUGGGGAAAAUUCGGAUGUUUUUGAUGAUUAUACAUAUAGACAUAUUGGUAGCAACAACAAUAACAACAGCAAUCCGCACUUAAGCAGUAUCAACAAUAACAACAACAACUGUACCACAACCUCUAUCAAUUCCGCUGAUAUAUAUACAUUGUGGUAGCGGUGAUAGUAAUACCAAUAAUAACAACAACAACGACAAUAACAAAUUGUCUACUAGGAAAAUCCCUGAGACUCAGUACGAAAACAACAACUGUGUAAUUUGUCAACUGAAAGAGUCGCAAGCUCGUGUUGACAUCCAUUUUGGCACCGGCACUGCAAAUCAUUGCCAAGAAGUGGUCAACAACAAAAAUAAGAACCAGAUUUCAAAUUCAAAAAUUAGCAACGGCGGCAAUACCGGCGUUAGCAACAUCUGAAUAAAAAUUACCAACAACAAUCACAACAGAAACCAAAACCAAAACCGGAGCCGCAGCAGAAAAAUGCGUCGCAAUGUGAAAAUCAUUAUUUUUGCAAGCAUUAUUUGGCUAUUCUUCAUGGUCUACUACUUCCAGUCCAGCACGGAAAAGGUGGAAAACCGUGCGUUACGCCUACGUGAAGUGGCCACCGCCAUGCAGCAAUACCAGGACGAGCCAUUCCCCUCUGCCGCGUCCAUGCAUGGCAACAGUGGCAGUCCGGGCUUCGGAGGCGCGGCGCAUGACAUCAAUCGACUGCACCCGCUGGGCGUCGGCACUGGUGAUGACGGUGUCGAUGAAGGCCCUGGCGGAGGAGGCGGCGCUGGUGGUGGUGGCGCUGGUGGUGGCAAUAUUAUAAUUAUUGGCACUGGCCCGGCUUUUCAUCCGCGCAUUGGCGGCCUAGGCUUGAAUGCAUAUGGUGCGGCGAGCGCUGAUGAGAACACUAUGCGUCUGAAUGCCGCCAAUGGUGUAUUCACCAGUAGUAGCGGCGCAGGCGGGGCUGUGGGAGCCGCAAUGACGAGUGCCACUGGCAUGCAUGGCUCAUUGUCAGCGCCGAAUGGACGCAGUGCGGGAGACUGGGAGUAUUUCGAUGAGGCAGGCUACAUACGUGGUGGAGCUCUACGCACUGGUGAGGAUCCCUACAUACGCAAUCGUUUCAAUCAGGAGGCGAGUGAUGCGCUGCCAAGCAACCGAGAUAUACCGGAUACGCGGAAUCCAAUGUGCCGCACCAAAAAGUAUCGCGAGGACUUGCCGGAGACAAGUGUGAUUAUAACAUUCCACAACGAAGCGCGUUCAACGUUGCUGCGCACCAUAGUCAGCGUACUGAAUCGCAGUCCCGAACAUUUGAUAAGGGAAAUUAUAUUGGUUGACGACUUCAGUGACCACCCUGAGGACGGUCUCGAGCUGGCCAAAAUCGACAAGGUGCGCAUAUUGCGCAACAAAAAGCGUGAAGGUCUUGUGCGUUCGCGUGUUCGUGGGGCCGAUGCGGCUGUGGCCGGCGUGCUCACCUUCCUCGACAGUCAUGUGGAGUGCAAUGAAAAGUGGCUCGAGCCACUGCUAGAACGCGUACGUGAGGACCCCACACGUGUGGUGUGCCCAGUCAUCGAUGUCAUUAGCAUGGAUAACUUUCAAUAUAUCGGCGCCUCGGCUGACCUGCGUGGCGGCUUCGAUUGGAAUUUGAUUUUCAAGUGGGAGUACUUGAGUGCGACCGAUCGUUCGACACGGCAAAAUGACCCAACCACUGCCAUACGUACGCCCAUGAUAGCAGGUGGGCUGUUCGUCAUCGACAAGGCGUAUUUCAAUAAGCUCGGCAAGUACGACAUGAAAAUGGAUGUGUGGGGUGGCGAGAACUUGGAGAUAUCCUUCCGUGUUUGGCAGUGUGGCGGUAGCUUGGAGAUAAUACCAUGUAGUCGCGUGGGUCACGUUUUCCGCAAACGGCAUCCGUACACCUUCCCUGGCGGCAGUGGCAACGUGUUCGCAAGGAACACCAGGCGGGCGGCCGAGGUGUGGAUGGACGAUUACAAGCAGUACUACUAUGCGGCAGUGCCGUUGGCCAAGAACAUUGCGUAUGGCAACAUCGACGACCGGUUGGCGCUGAAGCAGAAAUUGCACUGCAAACCAUUUAAAUGGUAUCUGGAGAAUGUCUAUCCGGAUCUGCAAGUGCCGGAAUCCUUCGAGUUCGGGCAAUUUAAGCAGGGACCCACCGAUUGCUUGGACACGAUGGGCAAUUUGGUCGAUGGUACAGUGGGUCUCUUCCAGUGCCACAACACGGGCGGCAACCAGGAAUGGGCCUACACCAAGCAGGGCCAAAUCAAGCAUGAUGAUCUCUGUCUGACGCUCGUGCAGUUCGCACGCGGCUCCGAGGUGGUAAUGAAAGAAUGCGACAGCUCCGAAAACCAGCGCUGGACACUGCGCGAAGGCGGCUUUCUGCGGCACAACAAGCUCAACGUGUGUCUGGACUCCCGGGACCAUCACGAGCACGGCGUAACCGCUCAGCGUUGCAACUCGGCAUUGGAGACGCAACGCUGGAAGUUUGUGGCGAACGGGAAGUACGCGUGAGAAGAUGCGGUGGCGACGGCAGUCGACAACAGAACUAUGGGGACAAUGGUAAAGUUGACCACGGCGACCAGGGAAACGGAUGAGGAAAAGGAAACGGAAAUUGAUGUGAAUGCCGAUGUGGAUGGGGCAGCCGACAUGAAUGCGAUCUUUAAUCACUAAACAGUUAAACGGGGAUCUCACACUUUACAUGACGAAUACUACAACUACAACUACAACUACAACAACAACUGCAACUACAACUACUAUUGCUACAAGAAGAACCACCAAGAACUGCAACAAGCGCUAGAGACAUGCAGGUAUCGGAAAAAGGAAAUGUGGUUGCACCACAUGCAGAAAAAGUAGGUUAAAAAGGACAUUGGCCGCUGCAUAAAGGACAGUCGACACUUGACACUUGGCUACCAAUUAAGUAUAAGUUUAAUGUGCAUGGAGAAGGGACAAUGACACUUAAAGAUAAUGACCACUUACCAGCAAGGCGGGCGGGCGACUAAUGAAGCGAGUAAUAAGGAGUCCUGUAUAAUUAAGUAUGAAACAGUAAACAAGGACACGAGUGAUAUUAAAAGAAAUUGAUGGGAGCGUUGGCGCCGCAGGGCACAGGGCAAGAGAACAAAAGAACGGACGCUAGCAAGGGGGGAAUAUUACAGUUGACAGCUGCGAAAUGGCAAUUGCAACAGCUGCCACUUGCCGUACACAUUAGGGUGGUUCAAAUAUUUGCUCGAAAGGUAAAAAUAAUUUUUUUGCAGCUACGUAAGGGAAAAUAAAAAACUUUUUAACAACUGACUUUUCCGCAAAUCUGAGUUUUAGAAAUUCCUUCCAAUGUCAGUGUAGGUCAUUUAUGCAAACAUUUUUCAAGGGUAAACAAAGUUAAAAUAAAAAAGUGCGAUAACCAAUUCAAAAACAUCUUUCACUAUAAUUUUGAUAAGGGAAAAUCUCUUACAAAAAUUAGAUAUAUAAAAUUUUUCCUUUUUUUAAACCUUGACCACCCUAAUUUUUACAAACGUGCACACAUGCAUUUGCUGGUUAAAUUUACAUGAACAACAGUCAGUGUGUAACCUUAUGUGAAAUAUGACAUACAGACACAGAGAGGAAGUCGAAGGGAAGAAACCUAAAUUCAAAUGAAGCAGAGAGCGGGGAGCAGCGCUGUUGCAUGCAACGCCGACGAUAACAAGCAGUGCUGGAGAAAAUUAAUAAAAGCAUACAAAGAAAACGAAGAAAAAUAAGAAGAGAAGAGAGAGAGAUAAGAGAAUGGAAGU